GAGUGCGCUUCUUCGUUUAGGAAAUGACUUGCAGUAUGUCUGUUUCCGGGCUAGGCCUCGUGGGGGCAGGAGUAGCUUUGUCCUUAAGUUUACUUAAGAGGGUGGUGGCAGGCGAUGAUAAAUGCGGUUAUUAAUUUCCUUUCACUUAAAUUGAAUUAAUUGUUUCAGAUUUGGAGGCUGGGGAAGGGGACUUGAUAGGAGUUUCCUCGCUACCAUGAGGAUUUGUUUAUUUUACAGAUGCGAAGACUGCAGCAAAGAGUUCCAGACUUCUUGAGGAAUCAAGAAGUUUCCAGGAUAAUCAGCAGGAUGAAGCUGAAAGAGAUAGACCGUACUGCCAUGCAGGCGUGGAGUCCAUCGCACCAUCAUCCCAUUUACCUGGCUACUGGUACUUCUGCUCAGCAGUUAGACGCAACCUUCAGUACCAAUGCUUCCCUGGAAAUAUUUGAACUUGACUUGACUGACCCGUCCCUGGACAUGAAGUCCUGCGCCACAUUCUCCUCCACUCAUAGGUAUCACAAACUGAUAUGGGGUCCUCACAAAAUGGCAUCCGAUGGGAAUCUUUCAGGUGUACUUAUUGCUGGUGGUGAAAAUGGAAACAUCAUUUUGUAUGACCCAGCUAAAAUACUAGCAGGCGAAAGUGAAGUUGUGAUUGCACAGAAAGACAAACACACAGGGCCUGUAAGAGCUCUGGAUGUCAACCUAUUUCAGACAAACCUCGUAGCCUCUGGUGCAAAUGAGUCUGAGAUCUACAUCUGGGACUUGAACAACUUUGCAACACCUAUGACACCAGGAGCCAAGACUCAGCCUCCUGAAGACAUCAGCUGUAUUGCAUGGAACAGGCAAGUCCAGCACAUCUUGGCAUCUGCAAGCCCCAGUGGCCGAGCUACAGUGUGGGAUCUCAGGAAAAAUGAGCCUAUCAUCAAAGUCAGCGACCAUAGUAACCGGAUGCACUGCUCAGGGCUGGCUUGGCAUCCUGAUGUUGCUACACAAAUGGUUUUGGCUUCAGAAGAUGACAGGCUGCCUGUAAUCCAGAUGUGGGACCUUAGAUUUGCAUCUUCGCCACUUCGUGUACUGGAAAGCCAUGCAAGGGGUAUUUUGACCAUAGCUUGGAGUAUGGCAGAUCCGGAAUUGUUGCUGAGUUGUGGGAAAGAUUCUAAAAUUCUUUGUUCCAAUCCAAACACGGGAGAGGUGUUGUAUGAACUCCCUACCACUACCCAGUGGUGCUUUGAUGUUCAGUGGUGUCCCAGGAACCCUGCUCUUCUCUCUGCCGCUUCUUUUGACGGGAGGAUCAGCAUUUACUCCAUCAUGGGGGGCAGUGCAGACAGCCUGCGGCAGAAGCAGGCAGACAAGCUCUCAUCAUCCUUUGGGAAUCUCGAUCCGUUUGGAACAGGGCAACCACUUCCUCCAUUACAGCUCCCACAACAGGCCACUUCACAGAGCAGAAUCCUGCCCCUGAAGAAGCCACCCAAGUGGAUUCGCCGACCUGUGGGUGCAUCUUUUUCCUUUGGAGGGAAGCUCGUGACCUUUGAGAACAGCAAGCCUCAGCAGCAGGGAGCAGAGCAGCCUCAACAGCACUAUCACGUCUACAUCAGUCAAGUUGUCACUGAGAAGGAAUUCUUGAGCCGCUCGGAUCAGCUGCAGGAGGCCGUGCAGGCAGAAGCUUUUGUCAACUACUGUCAGAAGAAAAUUGAUGCCGCCAAGAAUGACUUUGAGAGGAAUGUGUGGUCUUUCUUAAAGGUUCAUUUUGAAGAGGAUUCGCGUGGCAAAUGUCUGGAGCUCUUGGGCUACAGGAAAGAUGAUCUGGGGGAAAAGAUUACUUCAGCUCUCCGUAAAGAGACUCUUCACCGUGGAGAACCAGAUGUGACUCUUGAGGAAUCUGACCAGCCUGUACAGAGUGAUGGCGAAGAAAGUCUGGCUGCUCAGGAUCAGCUCUUGGGAGAGAGUACAAAAGUCGAGCCUGACACCCUGUCACCUGCAGAUGAAACCUUUAACAUUUCGGUCACUGGAGAUAUUGAUGGCUUGAUCACUCAGGCUUUGCUUACUGGUAACUUUGAAAGCGCUGUCGACCUCUGCCUCCAUGACAACCGCAUGGCUGAUGCCAUUAUUCUGGCUAUAGCGGGUGGCCAGGAGCUGCUGUCCAGGACACAGAAGAAGUACUUUGCAAAGACACGAGGCAAAAUUACCAGGCUCAUCACUGCAGUUGUGACCAAGAACUGGAAGGAGAUUGUCCAGUCUUGUGAUCUGCAAAACUGGAAAGAAGCUUUAGCUGCUGUGUUGACUUACGCUCGGCCAGACAAAUUUGCUGCUCUUUGUGAUUUGUUGGGCGCUAGACUUGAAAGUGAAGGUGACAACGUUCUCCAAACUCAGGCUUGCCUGUGUUACAUUUGUGCUGGAAAUGUAGAGAAACUGGUUGCCUGCUGGACUAAAGCUCAAGAUGGAAGCAGCCCACUGUCUCUUCAGGACCUCAUUGAAAAAGUGGUAAUCCUACGCAAGGCGGUGCAGCUGACGCAGGUGAUGGACGCCAGUGCCGUGGGAGCUCUCCUGGCUGACAAGAUGAGCCAGUAUGCCAACCUCUUGGCUUCACAGGGCAGCAUCUCUGCGGCUUUAGCUUUCCUUCCUGAUAACACCAACCAGCCAAACAUUGUGUUGUUGCGGGAGAGAAUUUGUCGAGCCCAAGGGGAACUUCCCAGGGGUCCAGAAGCACCAAAGGCACCAUAUGAAAGACAACCUACAGCGGCCAAGGGGAGAGUUGGGCCUAUGGCUGGCCACGUGCAGAUGCCACAAGUCCCAUCCCACCAAUAUUAUCAGCAGGUUAGAGUUGCCCCUACUGUCACUACCUGGAGUAACAAAACCCCCACUGCCCUUCCCAGCCAUCCUUCUGCAGACUCUCCCUCUGAGAUACAGGGAGACAACCCUCCCCCUCCUCCAGGGUUUAUUAUGCAAGGGGCUGUUAACCCCAAUGUGCCGCCGCAUCAACCGACACCUCCUAGUUACAACAUGUACUCUCAGGUCGCAGGACAGCAAGCAUAUCCACAACCUUGUCAGCCAGCACAGCAGUAUUGUUUCGGAAUGGGGGGACCAUCGCUCUAUCAGCCCCAACAGCAACAACCUCUCCCUCCUCCUCCUGCUUCAGCCUCUUACGCUAACCCCAACCCUCCUUACGUACCCUCUAACCCUCCCAGCGCCAUGCCUUCUCCAUUAUAUCCAGCGCAACCCCAGCCCUCUCCGACCAGCUUGCAUCCAAGUUCUUCUCUUCCUCCUCCUCCUUCUGAUGCGUCCUUCCAGCAUGGCAGGCCAGGAACCUCAGCAUCUUCUAUGCCAUAUGCACUACCUCCUGGACCAACAGGUACAGAGCCUGCAACCAGUGAGCUCGCUGCAUCCCAAAGAACAGAAUAUCAAUCCGUACAAGACCAAGCCUGUAUCCAACAAGGACCUCAGAAUGGCUGGAACGAUCCUCCUGCUUUGAGCAGAGUUGCAAAGAAAAAGAAGAUACCUGACAACUUCAUGCCUCCGGUGCCUAUCACAGCCCCAAUCAUGAAUCCUAUGUCAGACCCACAAGCCCAGCUGCAGCAGCCUCCAGGCCCAGCCCCGCCUCCGGCCCAGGUUCCCUUUCAGCCCUCCCACCUUCCGCCAGGCCAACCAAUUAUGCAGAGCCCAUUCCAGAACUCCCCACAGCCUGGGGGUCACACUAUCAUGACUCCUGCUCUAUCUACGCCCAGCAUGGAAGGGGCACCUGGAGCCCCCAUUGGCAACGCCAUACAGCAUGUGCAAUCCUUGCCAACGGAGAAGAUAAUGAAAAAGCCCAUUCCCGAGGAACACCUUAUCCUAAAGACUACAUUUGAAGCUCUGAUCCAGAGAUGUCUCUCAUCAGCUACAGAUCCGCAAACCAAGAGGAAACUAGAUGAUGCCAACAAACGCCUGGAGUUUCUGUAUGAUAAACUUAGAGAUCAAACACUCUCCCCAACGAUAAUCAACGGUUUGCACAACAUUGCCAGGAGCAUUGAAACCAGGAACUAUACAGAGGGGCUGAACAUCCAUACCCACAUAGUCAGCACUAGUAACUUCAGUGAGACGUCUGCCUUUAUGCCAGUGCUGAAAGUAGUCCUCACCCAGGCCAACAAACUGGGUGUGUGAAGUGGGUUUCUGCAGAGAAGCAUGUUGCUUUGGAAGUGGCGUGUAAAAUGGAUCGCUCCCUGGCCCUUAGAGCAAGAUGCGAUAGAAAGCUGGUCACCUCAAUGUCAUGUUCUCUUACCCCACCCCACCCCUCUGCCCUUGCACAGAUGAGCUUCAUUUUAGAAGGGCCAGUGAGUCCUGGUGCUAAUUCUUUCUCUCCCAUCUUUUGUUAUUCUUAUCUACAGAUAAGUGUAUUUAAUUACGCCACCCCAUACUGCCCAUUUUAAAUGCAUGUUACCUGCUGCUUUGAAAGGGACUUUUAAAGACAGAAAAGAGAGGGGAGUUUGUGUGUAAGGCUGACCUCAGAAGUGAUUUUUUUCCACAUUCCUCUGCAUCAACCAAUUAAAAAGUUCCAGAUUCUA